AUGUGUCGUCUACAACAACAUCCCAGGCGCCCUUCGUAUGCGCAAGAUGCCAGAGGACCGCCUUUCGGAGGGCAACAUACCAUAACACCACUCCGGCGACAGGAGGCAUCUGCAACCGAGCCACCUCCACCGCAACGAGAGUCCAUCCUACCACAAACCCACUUCGACUUCUUCCCCAACACCUUCCCUAACGGACCACCCCCCAAGUCACCCUUCACACCGGACCUCCAAGCCUUGCGACGCGAAUUCCUACAGAUACAAGCCAAGUCGCACCCUGACAUGGCCCCAGCGAACCAGAAACGGCAAGCAGAAGCCCUCAGCUCCCGCGUCAACGAAGCCUACAAAGCGAUCCAGGACCCACUGAAGCGCGCACAGUACCUACUAUCACUGCGCGGCAUAGACGUGGAAGACGAGAGCGCGAAGCUAGCAGAGAACGAGCUGCUGAUGGAGGUCAUGGAGGCGCGGGAGGCGGUGGACGAGGUGGAGAGCGAGGAAGAGCUGGGCAGUAUACGAGACGAGAAUAAUGCGCGGAUAGGGCAGAGCGUGGAGGUAUUGGAGAAGGCUUUUGCAAAGGAUGAGAUGGAGCGGGCUGCGCAAGAGGCGAUACGAUUACGGUAUUGGAUGAAUAUUGAGGAGAGUAUACAUGGGUGGGAGAAGGGGAAGGGUGGUGGGGUGAUUCAUCAUUGA